GGAUUCCUAGAGACAUGAUAAGUAAAUGGAUAUGGAAUACUGACCAGUAGGGUGCAUUGUGGAUAUUUACGCACUAAUUGCACCAUUAGUUAUUGGGGUUUGCAGUACAGCAUCUGGAGACAUUUACAUGGGAAAACCUCAGUGUGUUCCCUAUUUACUUGUGAGUGGUAACGAGUCUUUCACAGAAAUUCCACCCAUGCAAACUAUUAUGUUUUCCAUACAUGCUGUUUCUCUCUGCUGUUGUUUUUGUGUCCGAGGCUGUUCAGCGGAGGUUGGAGAUGUGGGGGUGGUCUCAUUGGUAUAAAAACAUUUAAAAAGGGUCGGUGGCGACUGCGCACAGAUACAGUUUCACACCAUGUGCUUCACAUCUUUGCCAAGCCAACACAUCUGUCGGUCUGUGCGCAAUGAGCGAGUUUACGUAGACGAUAGACUCUAAGUAAUUGCUUAAAUUUAAAACAAACUCACACGUUCUCAAUGCAGGCAGGUGGCAGCGGGUGAUCGUGCGCGCGGAUGUGUUCAGGACAGCCAUGAACAUCUCCGGAAGCGCACUUUUCCCUUCACAGAGCUCACUCAACCUCAUGGAUGACAAUUUGAAGAUAGGCUUCGACCUCACGAGCAAGCCGGUGUUGAUGGAGGAUCAAGGGAACAACACUGGCGCUCUUGGGAACUCCAGCGACCCGUUUGGCCGGAAUGAGGAGGUCGCCAAGAUCGAGAUCACGGUACUUAGCGUGACAUUCGUGGUGGCUGUGGUGGGGAACCUGAGCGUACUGCUGGCCAUGUACAUGAGCCGACGGAAGCCCUCGCGCAUGCACCUGUUCAUGAAGCAUCUGAGCCUCGCGGACUUGGUAGUGGCCUUUUUCCAGGUGCUACCGCAGCUCUGUUGGGAGAUCACCUUCCGCUUCUACGGGCCUGACUUCCUGUGCCGCAUCGUCAAGCACCUGCAGGUGCUAGGGAUGUUCGCGUCCACCUACAUGAUGGUGAUGAUGACGCUGGACCGCUACAUCGCCAUCUGUCACCCGAUGCAGACCCUUCACCAGCCCACGCAGCGCGCCUAUAUGAUGAUCGGGGCCACCUGGGUGUGUAGUCUUGCCCUGAGCAUGCCCCAGUAUUUUAUCUUCUCCCUGAGCGAGGUCCACCCGGGCUCGGCCGUGUAUGACUGCUGGGGACACUUCAUCCAGCCGUGGGGCGUGCGCGCCUACAUCACCUGGAUCACCGUGGGCAUCUUCCUCGUGCCCGUGGCCGUGCUUAUGCUCUGCUACGGCUUCAUCUGCCGAGCCAUCUGGCGGAACAUAAAGUACAAGACCCAGAAGGGCACUAGCGUGAUGGCACUUGCGACCAAGAAUGGGCUGAUCGGGACGAGUUCAGUCAGCAGCGUCACCACCAUCUCGCGCGCCAAGCUGCGCACAGUGAAAAUGACUUUCGUGAUCGUGCUGGCGUACGUGGUGUGCUGGGCUCCGUUUUUCACCGUGCAGAUGUGGUCGGUGUGGGAUGAGAGCUUCUCGUGGGUAGACUCCGAGAACACCGCAGUCACCCUCUCGGCUCUGCUGGCCAGUCUGAAUAGCUGCUGUAACCCGUGGAUCUACAUGAUCUUCAGCGGCCACCUCCUCUCUGACAUGGUGCACUGUCUGCCGUGCUGCCGGAGGCUGCUCCGCAAAUUCGGCCAUCAAGACUCGAACAGCAGCAUCCGCCGCACCACACUCCUGACCCGGGUACCGCCCCCGGCCCUACCCCAUCGGAGCUCAGAGAAAAGCUCUUGCAAAGAUUGCAUCCACAACUCCCACAGGAACUGUCAAUCAAUCCCGGUGGAGUCUUAACCGGGUGCUCACACUGUCCAUAUAUAUAUAUAUAUAUAUAUAUAUAUAUAUGUAUAUUGUGCAUCUGGUUCUUGCGCAACACCACAGUGAUGAAGGCUGUCAUAAGUUUAGGGGGAGGCUUAAUGGAAACAAUGUGAACAGAGUCAGUGCAUCCAUCUCUCCUGGAGCUUGUGUUUCUGCUCAGAGAGGUGUUCAACACACAUCAAUCCGUAAGUGGAAACGUGGUAGGCUAUAGGAAUACCUAGAUCUAUAACUAGGUUAUCCUGUCUCUUCUUGCUACAUGUGAACUGACUGUCAGGAGGCAUCUAAAACCUAGACAGUGCUAAUAUUUAUGCUCUUACAAGCUCUUAUGGGCCCACACUCAUGCAGCGAUCAGAAUCGUUGCCAUUAGCCGGUCAUUCCAAAUGAACCGAGAGGUCUGUCAGUAUGUGUUGUUCAAUAACUAAUCAUAUGCCUAAUAUACACAACCGUUAAAAGAUUUGGGGUCAUUUAGAAAUGUCCUUGUUUUUGACAACAGUUUUCAGCUGUGCUAACAUAAUUGCAAAA